AUUUGAAAUUACUUUGAACAUUUUUUCGUCGUCUUUGUUUUGACUGGAGACUCGCCAUUUGUGUGUGACGAGCUCGAACUUGAAGGGGUUUUACUUUUUUUAACUUUUUUUUUUCCUCAAUGGAUCAAAGUGUAAUCCGAGUGCCUGUGUGCUUCCUCCCACUUCUCUUGGUUUGUACCAUGUUUUCGGCGGCAGUUGGGAACCAUACAGGAAGGAUCAAAGUGGUCUUCACCCCCACCAUCUGCAAAUUAACCUGCAUAGGAGGCAGAUGCCACAACAACUGUGAGCUGGGAAACACCACCACUAUCAUCAGUGAGAACGGCCACGCCACCGACACCCUGACAGCGCCCAACUUCAGAGUGGUGGUGUGUCACCUGCCUUGUAUAAACGGAGGGAAGUGCAGCGCCAGAGACAAGUGUCAGUGCCCGCCCAACUUCACCGGCAAGUUCUGCCAGAUGCCGGUUCACGGCGGACAGCAGCAGAACGCCGGCGGCUUCAGUCAGAGCCAGGUCCACUCCACGCACACUCUGCCUCUGACCUACAGCAACGGCCAGACACCCGUGUUCAGCCCCAGCUUCGUUAACAUCCACAUCAAACAUCCUCCGGAGGCGUCGGUCCAGGUCCAUCAGGUCUCUCAGCUGGACAACUACCACAACAACGGACGCACGCUCAAAGGCUCCCAGUCCGGCUCCGCCUCCUCCACGUACACCUACCACCACAGCGAGAGCAGCCAGAAGGUCCAGCACCACGGCUACAACGUGGUCUACCCCGGUCACCAUGGAUACCACGUCCCUCAGUACCAGCCGGUCUCAUCCAAGAACACACUGGGCCGAUGCUUCCAGGAGACGGCGGGCAGUCAGUGUGGGAAGCUUCUACCUGGUCUCACCAAACAGGACCAGUGCUGUGGGAUCAUGGGGACGUCCUGGGGCUUCCACAAAUGCCAGAAGUGUCCAAAGAAACCAUUUAUUCCUCUGAUAGAUUGUCCUCAGGGCUACAAACGAGUCAACAGCUCUCACUGCCAAGAUUUGGACGAGUGCCAGCUGCAGGGGGUGUGUCCUAAUGGGAACUGUGUGAACACCGUGGGCAGCUACAGGUGCAUGUGUAAACCUGGAUACAUGCCCGACUCCACGCUCAGCACCUGCAUACCCAACAUACCCGCCGUCCCAGAGGAGAAGGGGGCUUGCUUCCGUUUGGUCAGCUCAGGGAGGCAGUGUUUACACCCAGUGUCUGCCCAGCUGAGCAGACAGCUCUGCUGCUGCAGCGUGGGCAAAGCCUGGGGCCCUCGCUGUGACAAAUGCCCCCUUCCAGGAACAGCUAAAUUCAAAGAGACGUGCCCUGGUGGAAUGGGUUACACGGUUCUACCAAAUCCACCAGCCAAUAAACCAGUUUACCAGGAGCCCGUGGAGCCGCUGCCUCCUCAGCCUCUGCCCACGCCAGAGAGACCGGUGGAGGCUUUUGGGAAACCAGAGGACCACAUACCAGAGGUCGUAGAGAGGACGUCUCCUCCUGCUCCAGUAGAGAUCCUCCCAUCGAAUGCAGGACAGGACAUCGCUCCGACGCAGUCGGCCGAGGUGGACGAGUGCCAGAUUAACCCGUACAUCUGCGGUCGGGGCAUUUGUUACAACAUGGCCGACGGCUACACCUGCCACUGUGACGAGGGCUACCAGCUGGACCACGCCCACAACACCUGCGUAGAUGUAGACGAGUGCGUGGAAAGCCCGGCGCUGUGCUUGGGCGGCCGCUGCAGGAACACGGAGGGCAGUUUCCUGUGUGUGUGUCCGCUGGGAUUCUUAGUGGAUGAAGAGGGCACCAGUUGUGUUGAUAUUGACGAAUGUGAGAACAGAACCGUGUGUCCGUCUGGUAUCUGCUUCAACGUCCCGGGGGGGUACAGCUGUGGAUCCUGCCCCCGCGGCUUCAUGGGACAAGGAGGCCGAUGCGUAGAUGUGGAUGAGUGCCAGGAUCCGCAGGUCUGUACCAGAGGUCACUGCCAGAACACCGAAGGCUCCUUCAUGUGUCAGUGUGGACCAGGAUUCAGAGUGUCCGCAGACGGACACCAGUGUGACGAUGUGAAUGAGUGUGUAGAGGAGGCGAGGCCGUGUGGUUCUAUAGGAGACUGUGUGAACAACAUGGGCUCUUACACCUGCACCUGUCCACCAGGAUACCGACAGACCAACGGCACCAGCUGCACAGAUGUGGACGAGUGUAUGGAUGAAGCAGAGCUCUGUUCUCCCAACGGCGACUGUCUGAACACUGAAGGGUCGUAUCUGUGUGUGUGUGAGAGUGGAUUCACAGCCAACCUGGACACACCCUCCUGUGACGAUAUCGAUGAGUGUGGGCUCAAUGAAACUGUGUGCGGUCCUCAUGGAUUCUGUGAGAACAGACUGGGCUCCUUCAGGUGUCUGUGCGACCAGGGUUACCAGGAGUCUGCAGACGGACACCGCUGUGAGGAUGUGAAUGAGUGUGAGCUGCUGAGCAGUGUGUGUGGAGAAGCCCAGUGUGUGAACGUGGACGGCUCCUUCCUGUGUGUGUGUCCCAGCGGGCAGGACUACAACGUCAUGGUGGCCAAGUGUGAACCUGUUCCCACAGUGUCUUCCAUUGGACAGAAGGAAUGCUACUACCGUCUGAACGAUGAGAACCUGUGUGAGAGCGUCCUGACCAGCUCCGUCACCCUGCAGGAGUGCUGCUGCACCCUGGGCGCCGGCUGGGGGGACAACUGUGAGGUCCACCCCUGUCCUGUCAACGGCACAGACCAGUUCAAUCAGAUGUGUCCGUCUGGAAGAGGUUUUAUCCCCAGUGGAGAUCAGCUGUAUGGAGUUCAAACCACUGACAGCUACAGAGAUGCAGAUGAAUGCGUGCUGUUCGGUCAGGAGGUGUGUAAAGGAGGCUUCUGUCAGAACACCGAGGGCAGCUACGAGUGUUACUGUAAGACCGGCCAGGACUACGACCCCGCCAAGCUGGAGUGCAGAGAUAUUAACGAGUGUCUGGACGAGUCGGUGUGUUCUGGAGGCCAGUGUCUGAACACCGACGGCUCGUACAUGUGUUUCUGUUCCCAUCCCAUGGUGUUUGACCUGGACAGUAACCGCUGUGUGUUCCCUGAACUGGCUGAACAACAUGAGGCGGCGCAGAUCGACUACCAGGGGAUCUGCUGGCAGAUGGUGACGGAAAACAAGAUGUGCACUCGUCCUCUGGGUCCGAACAGGAAGACCACGUACACGGAGUGCUGCUGUCUGUACGGGGAGGCCUGGGGCAUGGACUGUGCCCUGUGUCCACACACAAACACUGAGGACUACGCCUCCAUGUGUAACCUCCCCCUGGCCGGUGGGCGUCGGCCUUACGGUCGUGACGCCCUGGUUGCCGGACCGGUCCACGAGUACGAAGUGAACCCUGACUAUUCGACUCCUCCAGAGCAGCAGGAGGCGCUGGCCUUUUAUGAGCAGGAGGAGCACUCGUACAAGGCGUUCGAAGGUCUGCGAGCGGAGGAGUGCGGCAUCCUGAACGGCUGCGAGAACGGCCGCUGCGUUCGCGUCCAGGAGGGAUACACCUGCGACUGCUUCGACGGAUUCACCCUGGACCUGUCCCGCAUGGCCUGCAUCGACGUCAACGAAUGUUCGGAGCUCAACCGUCGCAUGUCGCUGUGUAAGAACGCCAAGUGCAUCAACACGGUGGGUUCGUACCGCUGCGUGUGUCUGCCCGGGUUCACCGCCUCCGACAAACCCAACUACUGCGUGGAGGCGGAGGCGGCGACGACGACACGCCACACGUCGACGCAAACGCAGUGAGCGCAGAACAACACCAGGGGGCGACGGCGAGACGGUCAAACCACACGCACAAGUUUGUAUUACUAUACUUGUGAGGACGCUCAACCUUAAGAACUCAGUUCAGAUCCUCCUCAGCAACCAAUGGUUUACAGCAUCAAACAGCACACACACACACACACACACACACACACACACACCUACACACACACACACACACACCUACACACACACACACACACACACACCUACACACACACACACACACACACACAGCUCUGCAACAGUCACAUAACAAUGAACAUUUAAAAGCACUUAAAUCUACACAUGUCACAGGUUCACCCAGACCCUCCUAAUAGUUGGAAACCCGUUCAUUUCAUUUAUAUACAUGUUUGUUUGUUUUUUAGUUUAGAUUCAAAUGUUUGGGUUUUUUUUGUUUUAUUAUUUUGAGAAUUUGACUCGUUAGUUUGGACGUUUGUUGCAUUUCAGCAGCAAAUAUCUGAUCAUGGUGCUAAAAAAAUAUCCUGUUUUAGCUGAAAAUAAUGUGUCCAAAGAAAAGGAUGAAGUCUGCAGAAGGUCCGUCUGCAGGUGUGGACCAAGGUUCUAAUGGUGUUGGAUUUUUCAUUCUAGUUUAGUUUUCUUUAGUUUGGACUUUUUUUCUCUAAUUCAGUUCAUUUUAAUUCAUUAAUUCAUUUUUAG